AUGACAAAGAGCGAACGACUAGGCCAGGGACAAUCUCUUGCUGCCAGGACCAAGAAGGCUGAAGAGGCCUUUUUGGCUCGAUUUCGGAAUCCUGGCAGGAGCAAACCUCCACAGCGCUUGCCAAGAAGUCAAAGUGCUCAGCGGCGGACUGAAGCAGGAACACACAGGUCGCAAGAACAUGCUAAUCUCCGGGCAAGAGCAGAGGACUCCCAAGAUGUGCAGGAGCAACUGGACAGCGUGGCUGCUGCUUCUGGGCUGCCCAUCUCGGACAAGGUGACUCACGACACAGAGAUACAGUCACCAAUUGACGGCUUGAAACAAGAAUGUGCAGACAGGCCAGCCCUGGCAGAGUUGCAGAAUAAGACUUGCGAUCUCAGCAAGGCCAGCAUUAAAGAUCUGCGAAAAGCGAGUGUCGGCCACGGCGAGGAAGAAUUGGCUGAAGAAUUCCCAAAGGUUGCAGAGGAGGAGGACACUAUUACUGUCUUGCCGCCGUUGCCAGGUGACGGUCAUGGUGCUCCCACCCCUGGCCUGGAUGCGGUUCUUCAGUCUGCUUUGGAGCAGGUGGUUGAGGAAGCCAAAGCUUGCUUUGAUGAGGCGCCGCACUCGACAGAUGAUGCUUUCCCAACAGGAUUCUUGGAGGAAGUGUUGCGGAGGGGCACGGACCGGAUGCUGGACAGCCCCACAUGUGAAAGGACGCGGACAUGGAGGGAGAUCAAGGGCCAGCAGGAUGAAGCGGUGCAUGGAGACAAUGCAAGAGAUAGACGGUGUGCGCCAGAGCUGACGCGUUCACAAGAGGAUACCUGCUUUGUGGCAAAGCUGCUGCAGGAGGCUGAAGUUGCCUUGCGUGAGGGCAGCAACGACUCCUUGCUGUGGGACACAGCACAAAGCUGCACAGCAGUGUCUUGCUUGCCCAGAACGCUGUGCGACAGCCCGAAAGUCUGCCAGGAGCGGCAGACGCAGCCUUCCAAUGAAGAUGGCUCUGCUGUUCCGGUGGAGGAAGCUUUGCCGCUGGAUGAUGACAUGGAUCAACCUAAAGAGGAGGCUGUGAAGACUAGUCCUUGGACUGAGCAAAACCACAGCCCCAACAUCAGCUUGGAGGAAGCUUUGCCGCUGGAUGAUGACAUGGAUCAACCUAAAGAGGAGGGGCAGGAGCAGCCUUAUGAAGAUGGCUCCGCUGUCCCGGUGGAGGAAGCUUUGCCGCUGGAUGAUGACAUGGAUCAACCUAAAGAGGAGGCUGUGAAGACUAGUCCUUGGACUGAGCAAAACCACAGCCUCAACAUCAGCUUGGAGGAGGGGCAGGAGCAGCCUUAUGAAGAUGGCUCCGCUGCCCCGGUGGAGGAAGCUUUGCCGCUGGAUGAUGACAUGGAUCAACCUAAAGAGGAGGCUGUGAAGACUAGUCCUUGGACUGAGCAAAACCACAGCCCCAACAUCAGCUUGGAGGAAGCUUUGCCGCUGGAUGAUGACAUGGAUCAACCUAAAGAGGAGGCUGUGAAGACUAGUCCUUGGACUGAGCAAAACCACAGCCCCAACAUCAGCUUGGAGGAGGGGCAGGAGCAGCCUUAUGAAGAUGGCUCCGCUGUCCCGGUGGAGGAAGCUUUGCCGCUGGAUGAUGACAUGGAUCAACCUAAAGAGGAGGCUGUGAAGACUAGUCCUUGGACUGAGCAAAACCACAGCCCCAACAUCAGCUUGGAGGAGGGGCAGGAGCAGCCUUAUGAAGAUGGCUCCGCUGCCCUUGUGGAGGAGGCUUUGCUGCGGGAUGAUGACAUGGAUCAACCCAGAGAGGAGGCUGCGAAGACUAGUCCUUGGAGUGAGCAAAACCACAGCCCCAACAUCAGCUUGCAGGAGGGGCAGGAGCAGCCUUAUGAAGAUGGCUCCGCUGCCCUGGUGGAGGAAGCUUUGCCGCUGGAUGAUGACAUGGAUCAACCUAAAGAGGAGGCUGUGAAGACUAGUCCUUGGACUGAGCAAAACCACAGCCCCAACAUCAGCUUGGAGGAGGGGCAGGAGCAGCCUUAUGAAGAUGGCUCCGCUGCCCUGGUGGAGGAAGCUUUGCCGCUGGAUGAUGACAUGGAUCAACCUAAAGAGGAGGCUGUGAAGACUAGUCCUUGGACUGAGCAAAACCACAGCCCCAACAUCAGCUUGGAGGAGGGGCAGGAGCAGCCUUAUGAAGAUGGCUCCGCUGCCCUGGUGGAGGAAGCUUUGCCGCUGGAUGAUGACAUGGAUCAGCCUAAAGAGGAGGCUGUGAAGACUAGUCCAUGGACGGAGCAGAACCACAGCCCCAACAUCAGCUUGGAGGCUUCCUUGCGGGGCGAUCUUCUCAUGGGUCAGGUCAAGGAGAGUGCAGGGAGCAGCAGUCUGUCAACUUUGCCCGACAGCAUGAAGGUUUCCUUGGAGGAGCAUCGGAGCCAGCCUUUUGGCAGCGCUGAUUUCCCUCCUGAGGAGGCUUCCUUGCGGGGCGAUCUUCUCAUGGGUCAGGUCAAGGAGAGUGCAGGGAGCAGCAGUCUGUCAACUAUGCCCGACAGCAUGCAGGUUUCCUUGGAGGAGCAUCGGAGCCAGCCUUUUGGCAGCGCUGAUUUCCCUCCUGAGGAGGCUUCCUUGCGGGGCGAUCUUCUCAUGGGUCAGGUCAAGGAGCAUCGGAGCCAGCCUUUUGGCAGAGCUGAUUUCCCUCCUGAGGAGGCUUCCUUGCGGGGCGAUCUUCUAAUGGGUCAGGUCAAGGAGAGUGCAGGGAGCAGCAGUCUGUCAACUAUGCCCGACAGCAUGCAGGUUUCCUUGGAGGAGCAUCGGAGCCAGCCUUUUGGCAGAGCUGAUUUCCCUCCUGAGGAGGCUUCCUUGCGGGAUGAGCUUCUCAUGGGUGAGCCCAAGGAAAGUGCAGUGAUCAGCAGUCUGUCAAUUAUGCCUGACAGUCUGAAGAUUUCCGUGUCGCAGCUGCAGGAGCAGCAGGAGCAACCCUCUGAUGAAGAUGGAGGUGCUCUUCCUCUUGAGGAAGCUUCAUCACAAGACGACUCCUUCAUCCGUCAGCCGGAAGAGGAGACGCUGGACUUGGCCAGCUUGCAUCGGUUGUGCGAGCAACGCUUGUCUGCGGCCACUCGGCCUUCAGUCCUGGAUGUGAUUUCUGAGGAUGAGCUUACCGACACCUCUGCACUUGCUGCAGCAACCCUGGCGGGCAGGCUUGCAGCUCGGUCUGGGUUCGCCUCGUCUUUGCAGGAGGAGUACACUUUUUCGUCAGCUGGGGGAUCAGAUGCUGCUGGGACUCAUGCUCCUGAUGGCCUCGAUAGCUUGGAGCUUGGAGGCAGGCGCGACGUGGACCCCAUGAGAUCUGACGGAGCUCAAGAUAAGCCAGUCGCACUGCAAGCGGAGAAGGAGAGGCUCCAAGAUGCGAUGGAAAGUGCAGAUGAGCCCGGCGAGGAUGGACAGAGCCAUUCCUCGCCGGAAAAUGCAAAGACUGUUUCGCAGCGCAAGCAGCCACGGCAGCCUCGACAGCAGCAGAAACUGUCAAGCAGUUUUGACCAGCUGAUCGAGAAUGCGGAUGCAAAGAUAUUUGUGCCCAACACACUGAAGGCAAGCGCCCCCGAACCCACGCUGCCCACGUUUGUGCAGGGAGAAGGCGAAGGCGCGGAAGGCGCGGAAGGCGGUUCACAGAGGAUUCACCAUCAGUCACUUGAGCAUGGCUCAGGCGAAGCGAGCAGCUCAGGGCCCAAAAACCCCAAGCUGAAGGUUGACAAGGCAACGUGGCUCCAAGCUGGUGCUUCUAGUGCUGCUUCAACAGCACUUUCCUUGGCUCGGAGAUAUGGCCUUUCACUGGCUGUCCUUGCUGCUGGCUGCGCUUACAUGACGGCGGUGGAGAUGGCCUGGCAGCUGGGUCCAGAACCAGAAUGGUUUGCCUGAUCCGUUGGGCUGAAGCUGGUGAGCUGCAUGAUUUGUGUGUGUUGUGCAGUUGUGCAGCACUGAUGUGUGAUUGUUUUAUAAUUAGAACUUGGGGCACUGCCCUUUCGCUUUGAUCAAAUUCGGUGGAAUUCAGCUGUGCACAUUGAGGGACUUUGUGCAUGCAGCAGAUCAGCU